GCAGCGCCUGGCUGCGCACCAGUUGGGAUCAUGGCUUUAUUCUUCAGAGGAGCCAUCACAAGUUCUCCUAUAAAGACCAGAAAGACACAAGAACACGAUGCAUGCUGCAGUUUUGACACAUCCUUCCUUUCCGAUACCUCGUACGAGUGUUUAUCAGUCAACCCAGCCACAGGCUCACUGUGUGUGUGCCGUCGGAGUCCGCGGCUUCUCGCCAAUGGUUACUAUGUUCUGACAGAAGACAGUGUUGCCACCGAUGAUGAGGGCAACCUCACCCUCACUCCAACGCAGACCAACAUUUCCUACAAAGAAAAUCUUGCCCGAAUUUUCCGUCGAAGGCGCAAAGUCAGAAGGUCAUUGGCCACCCUUUUGAGUGACGUCAGCCAGUCAUGUCAGUCAUGGUUGGGGGGAAGCGUUUUCGGUCGAGCCAACAGCCCCUCUCAUGCUGAACCCUCCUCAUGGUUGGAUAUCAGCAGCUGUACUGAACAGGACACACCCAUCCGUUUUACAUUCGAUUGCACAGAAACCAUUCCUCCCGCAAACAAAGAAACAUUCUUGCCAGAAGUGGAACCUCACACAGAAGUCUGUACUGCAGAGGGGCUGCAAAGUCAGACGUUGACCUGUUUGCAUGAUGUCCCGCCAACAUCUAAAUGCCUCUACAAAGGUUACAGCCCACCGACCGACCAACCUUUAGAGGCCAAGUUUAUAAACGUCUCCCUCUUCAUCAUCCUCAUUUUGUGUAUCUAUUCAGCAGUGUUUUACAGAUCGGUACUUGGAGGCAUUGCUGUGUCGCUGGCUUUUCUCUUUUACUUCUAUUUUAUUUGUGUUUUCAAGUCUAGAAGAAUAGGCUUAAGUUUGACCAAGACUGAGGAUAUCACCUCGAGAAAUGAGUGACAAAGAAUCAGACAUCGACUGGAAAGAAGACAUUUGCUUCAUUCACAGUGAAGAAAAUGCAAAUCCGUGUCUGCAUCUGGCCAUGUCAGUAUGUCAGUGUUGAUCGUAACAUCUGUAUGCAUUUACAUUAGUAUUAUAUCAAGAAAAAUGCUGCAUUGAUGCAUUUUGUUAGUAACUACUCAUGACAUGUGGUCUGAUCUUAUCAAGUCCUAUUGACAGACAUGUUAUCGUAAACCUUACCAGAUGUUAUCCAGGAAUGUAAAGGAGAGUAAAUGCUAAAACUGCUAUCAGCAGUUUGCUUUGUGGUAUCACUUUAUUAGGACCAUUUAUAAUAGGCACAUAAACAAAAAUCCUAACCUGUUCUAACACCAGUUUUUACUGAUGCACUUUUUUUGUUUUGUUGUAAAUAAAAACAAAUUUAGCAUUGCAUGUCACACAUCUUACAUAACAUUUGCAAAUUGGCCACUAUUAACUACAAUAAUAACAUUUUCCUUAUGUAGGGAAUCUGUAGGGAAUUUGUAUUAAUGUGGGUUGAUUAAAAAUACAGCCCCAGAUGUUUUUAUACUGCAUGAUUUUAAUAAGCUAUAAGUGCUACUGAUUAUGUAUUAUCUGUUUUGGAAUUAUGUAUUUAUUAUUAUGACUAUUACAAUGUAAUUAAUGCAAAAAAUGUUGGUACUUUUACAUGUUUCAGAGCCGUUUUUGCAAUUAGAAUGUUAGAAUGCUCA